AUGAGCUCGAUGGCCGAGGGCAGCGAGGGCUGGUCGAGAGACGACGAGCUUGAUUUGGGCCCAGAUGAGCACAACCAUCCAGCGAUCGGCUCGGACGCCGUCAUCACCGAUAUCGACACCGUCGCCCGCAAUGCCGAUGCACACUACGACACGGCAGAGCAAUCAAUCGAUUCAGACGGCCUGCAACUUCCGCAAACUCCACCUGCGAAGCAAGCACCACCGAGUGCGUCACCCAGCGACAUAGAGAGCACCGCGUCAAUUCCGGAUGACACCCCGUCUUUGAACGGAUCAGCUCGGUCGUCUCAAGGGAGCAGUGGAUUGGUCUUUCGGGGCUCACCGCGAGCUAGCCCAAGCCCGGCUCACCGUCCGUUUGACCUCCGUUUCCAGUCCCGACUGUCGACGGCAUCCCUGAUUACGCCCCGAUCGGGCUCUCCAUUCCUUGCGCAAUUGCACUCUCGACAGUCGUCAUUCGCGAGCCAUGCAUCGCCAACUCCUGAAUCAGAAAACGAGGUCCCUCCGAAUCCCUGGGAUGUGGUGCGAUGGACCAAGUUACGAAAGAUUUCGGGGCAGGCAUUCUCUGAGAUAGGAAAGCGCAACUUUGGCAGGCCAACCUGUCUGACAGUGUCAACAUCAAUUGUGAUUGGUACAUCAAAGGGUAUCAUUUUGGUCUUUGAUUAUCAGCAAAGCUUAAAAGCGAUCAUCGGAACGAGCACAAAGGCUGUUGAAUGCGGUGCAAUCACCUCUCUCGCAUUGUCCGCUGACCACUCGACCGUGGCUGGCGGUCAUGAAUCGGGAGACAUCUUCACCUGGGAGAUUUCCCGCCCGUCACGACCGUUCCUUCACAUACCCGCGAUACCGGUGGAGCAAAUAGAGAGCCGGGCAUCUGACGGUCACAUCGCCGGCUCUGCUGUGAUUCAUGUGGGCUUUCUGGGAACGCGGCGCACUGCGAUUGUGUCGGCCGACUCCAAAGGCAUGGCCUUUUCGCAUCUGGCCACACGGGGAACAGGAUCUUUGGGCCGGACGGUGAAGACAACUCGGAUUCUCGGUCGCUAUCCACAGCUGCCGUCGGAAGAUGCGCGCAGGAGAAAGCCGAGCUCGGUCUUGGCCUUCUCGCCGCUUCCACUUGGGAAUGUAGAGCAAUCGACUGAUUCGAUGGGUCUCGUGGCUAUGUUGACUCCAUACCUUUUGGUUAUUGUCUCAACAACCCCCGUUGCUCGAACUCAGCACAAGUCUCCACGUCCAAAGGAAGUGCCUGCGCAUAGCACCAUGACGGGUGCUCUGGCUUGGUUUCCCGCAAUUCGCCUCAAAGGCAAAGAUAGCCAAACUUCAAACACGAAGCUCGUCUACUGCUGGUCAAAUGUAUUGACGGUGCUGGAGGUGACAGAAGCGGAGACCGAUGGAACGACGAGCAAGGAUCGUCCUGCGAGUCUGAUUUUCCGAGCCCGGAGCAGAUGGCAGGCUGACGAGGCUAUCGUAGCUGUCCAGUGGCUAAGUCGAUCUGUACUGGCAGUGUUGACAAUCACUCAACGUCUUCUCAUUGUAGAAGAUCAUACUAUGCACGUGACGGACUCUAUCGAUCUCGCGGGCCGCCAUAUCUAUCAUGUCGAUCUCUUCUCAUCUCAACUGCACAAUGUGGUUGAGCAGCUGGAUGAAGAAGAUACAUCAAUGCACGGAGUGGUUGCGGAUGCCUUUUACAUGAGUUUCCGUUCGUACAAAGGCCGACUCUUCCUGCUCGGCUAUAAUGAAGUACAGUUUGGCAGUCUGUCUAAUUGGGCUGACCGGCUUCUCGCUUUGAUGGAAGCUGGCGACUUUAUCAGUGCCAUCCGCUUAGCAACAUCAUACUACACCGGAAGUGCGGAGAAGUUGACAGUUGGACUUCCCGAUGAGGACGCUUUGAGAAAACCCAUUGUGCAAGAAAAGCUGAUCGAGAUGAUCUCGGCGUCACUCAAGUACGCAUUUGGCCGGAACGCCGAGGCAGAUAAUGCACAGCUGGAGAGCAGGCAACUCGAAGACCUUGCAGAGGUAUCAGUCGUUGCCUGUCUUCACAUGGCGGACUUGGAAUAUCUCUGGGAGGAGGUAUUUACCUGGUACGAGGAGAACGACUCUGCAGGGAUAUUCCUUGAUAUACUAGAACCGCGAAUCAUCGACGGAACUAUACGAUCUCUCCCUCCGACCGCCGUCAAAGCUCUCAUCAACCAUUUUAUAGGGACUCACUCUACUGGCCGUUUGGAAGAGAUCAUCUGUCUGCUCGACACAACAACCAUGGACAUCGACCAAGUCACGACGUUGUGCAAGCAACACAACCUCUACGACGCCUACAUCUACGUCUGGAAUCGUUGUCUGAUGGAUUAUAUCGGUCCAUUAGAAGAACUGUUGCGCCAAAUUCCCACGCAGCAACCGGAGACGCUAGUCAAUGGGGACUAUGCGUAUGAAAUGAGACGUCAUGCCAAUGCGAUGAAAAUAUUUCCGUAUCUGUCAUUUGUCUUUACUGGCCGCAUCUACCCGACUGGAGAAAAUAUGGGCGAUGACGAGGCCUCACAGGCCAAAACUGACCUGUACCAGUAUCUAUUCUCGGGCCGAUCCUCCAUGAUGGACACUGCAGCCGGUGGGGAUGGCGCGUUCACUCAGCUCAAAGCUAUGCUGAAAUUCGACGCUUCAAGCUUCAUGAGCAUGCUGAAUGAAGCUUUUGAGGAUAGUUUUUUGAAUGAUUCUGAAGUCGAGGAGGGUCCGACUUCAGGGAUUUCCAUCAAUCGUCAAUACCUGAUAAGCAUUUUGCUACAAGUGAUGGACCCAUCGAUUUUCGAUGCGAUUGACACCAUCUAUCUUGACAUGUUUCUUGCACGCAAUCUCCCCAAAUAUCCACAGUACAUUUUGCUUUCAGGCACCACUCUUCACCAAGUUCUGGUCCGACUCUGUCAGUACCCGGAGCAGGAAAUGGCCGGAGAUUGUGAGCUGAGUGCAGAGUACCUCCUGUCCUUCUACCACCCGCCGGACAUUCAGAGCAUGGUACCUCUCUUUAAAGAAGCCCGUUUUUUUCGUAUUCUCAAGUCGACCUAUCGCUCCGAGAAGCAAUAUGCGCAGUGGAUUGCAACUUACCUUGAAGACCCACAUGACCGGGCGGGAGUGUUUACGGCCUUGUACGACUGUCUCCGCUCUGGAACCGGACUGGGCAAGAAACAGAAACGGGAUGUGAUUGAGGUUGUCAAGCAGCAUGCCGGAAGCAUUGCAACUAUCGACGUGAAGCGAAGUGCGCAGACAAUGCAGGAUCUUGCUCCGGAGGCCCACGCGUCAUUCCUUCAGAGUUUGGCAGACAAUUCCUAUGAACAAUAUCAGUACCUCCAGGUAUUGGUCGAGCCCCAAGGACAAGCCGGCGAAGCCAAGUCUGUGCCUCAAGUCGAGAAAGCGAUGGUAGAGCGAUAUGUGCAGCUCCUUUGUCAUUACAAUCCAUCUCAUGUUGCAGAUUUUGUUGAUGGUUUGCGGAUGGGCGAUCUUCACCUUGACAAUCUCCUUCCAUUCAUCGAGGAAAGCGGGGCCAUCGAUGCUGCUGUCAUCUUGCUCGCGCGACAGGGCCAGGUGCAAGGCGCUUUGGAUCGUCUCAUUGCUCAUCUGGGCACGCUCGAAGCGGGUCUAGUUGGUAUUCUCCACAGCGUUGGUGACGCGCCAGAUGUUGCCAACACGACCGAAGCGAUUGAUGACCUGCUUGAGUCCUUGAAAAAGUAUGCAGGGGUGGGGACGUGGCUGUGCCAAGGCCAGACCAAAACUGCGUAUCAAUCGCACACUUCGAGAGCGUCCGCCAAUGGCCACCGGGGUGCGUCAGCACUCGACAUGCCCUUGGCCUUUGACGAGACCCUCUGGCUUGGUCUCAUCGAAGCUGUUGUCCGAAUUGCGAGCAAUGUCUUUGCACUGAUGAGAAGCCACGAGACCAAGGGUGACAACUCGAGUGGUUCGACUGCGAUCACAGCGACGGAAGGUAUCAGUCGACUGACCGCUGACUUCCGAACGUUGGUGCAGCAGAUUUUCACCUCGCUACUCAACAGUACCGUGAAAGGUGGCGGGUCACCUGUCAGCGAACGGAACGACAUCUCCUUCCUUCGAAUUUUGAGGGCUUUCCUAGCUCGUGCUGCCAGCUGGUCUCCAUCUCUGCAAGAGCUACGGGCUGUUCUCGCGUCGGUCUUCUCGGCUUACUCAUAUGAGAGAGCUCUCCUCUCGCUCGCCAACGGCAUGCUGGAUCGUGACCUCUUUGUGCACGUUGACGAGGUUGCACGGCUCCGGCAGCAAGGAUGGCGUCCGCGGGGGCAGGCCUGUGAAAUCUGCCGGCAGCGGAUUUGGGGCUCCGGCGUGGGCUCCACGCACUGGACCGCGUGGGAGAGAAGACAGGCCGACGCCCAUCAGCGCCGCCUUUUUCGCCGUCGCGAAGAAAAGGAGGGCGCUGCAUCCGAGCGUGGCAAAGGCAAAGCUGUUGUCUCACGCUCGUCGGCUCAUGACCACCACCACGACGUUGCCGAUAUGGUUACAGGUGCAGAUGGGAUGACACCAUCUAUUGAACCGGUGGUGGUCUUUGCUUGUCGGCAUAUCUAUCAUCGCAAAUGCGUGACGGACAGUAUCAACAGCCGUCAACCUCCCGCGCCUCAUACACUCGGCUCGCUAGUCCCGCACGAUCAUCCUGACUGGCCGGUGACGGAAUUGUUUUGUCCAACAUGUACAUAG